UAGAAAUGAGGCUAACAACAAUGGGGAAAGUCCCAGCCGUCUACCGGAACUGAUCUUUCGUUUUGUUUCCUUAUUGUGAGUACUUUCGCUUUCCUUCAGUCGACAUGCCGGUUUCCGUGACUGAUUUGCAGCGUGUUAUGGCCAUUCUAGCCGAUGAAGAUGAACUUAAAGUAACCAUCAAAGGUGCUGCCUAUGGCGGUGUUAUCGCAGGAAUUACUACGACUGUUGGAGGACUUCUUGGUGGACCGGCUGGGUUGCUCGUUGGAGGCGCUGUUGGCGGAGCAUUAGCCUAUGGCACUUCGGGAGAUUUCAAGCCUGCUUCCCAAGUGAUCAAAGACAUGAACGCUCACGACAGGCAACUUCUUUACGACAGUGUUAAAGAAAUCCUCGAAAACUUGGCGAUCGACGAUUACCUAGCUCUUAUGGCCUUCCUGAGUGGCGGUCCUGGAUUGAUGGUUCGACAACAACUCAUGGACAGACUGGUUUUAUUUCUGAGGAAUAAUAUGCGACUUCAAGUGCCUCAAAGUUAAAUCCUCUGUUUGUAAAAGAAAUACCUACAGUGUCAUACAGAAUGACAUUUAACAACGAUUUAUACUGGUGUAACUGACUGAAUAAGAAAAUAGAAAUAUUACUCACAAGGGACAAUUAUAGAAUUUGACGUUGUUAUUUAGGAUAGAAAGUCAUAUGAAAAGAACACAUGCACGAGAUAAAAUGAUUAUAUUGACUAGUUAAAUGUGACCACAAUAUAGACAAGAAAUUUUUUUUGACUACCAUAAGACAAAGAAAAAAUAGUUCGUGUUAAUUUUCAGUUCCCUUUAUCUCUUCAAGUUAUCUCUGUAACAUUUGUAAUACUUUUUUACACCUUAUAUUUAACUUAUUGUAUUGAAUAAAUAUAUUUAGGGACAAUGUGGAACUUAAUUGUUUAGAGCUUGGGGCCAGGUUACCUGAGAUAAGACGUUGGCUUGAUAAGUUGUCAUUGUGGCUUUUAUAAAGUGCACUUUGUUUACGUAUUUGAUCACGUAAGUUAUUGGCUGAAACAAGGAGUUGAAGUUAGGCUGAUUCAGAUAUAACUUUGUAAAACAAACCUUUUCAACUCAGGCUGACAUGGGACAAAACCACUAGUAUACCACCAGUGGCAGAGCAGCAGUGCAGGAAAUGUGCAGUUUUUGGGAUCAGUUCCUGAUGGGGCACCCACAUGUUUUUCUUGUCUUAGACUCUUGUGCUAAUCAAAUGAUAUUUAUGGUCAAUCCAUGAACAAGCUAAGAGCUAGCCACCUUUCUUUUUCUAUUUACACACAAUGCUUUUGACAAACAGCGGAGCCCAGCAGUAUGCCAGAUGCAUACUCUGUGAGUUGCCUUUGGCUGGUGGACAAUCUAUGCUUCAAUUCUAAAUGGGAAAGUCAGAUUUUUUUCUUUCUCCUUUUGUCUUUUAUCUAACUAUUAACAUCUUAAUUUGAUAGCUCCUUAAUAGUCAUAAGGUUGAUCUGUAAAACCUGCUAUCACGAUAAAAAAGGAA